AUGGAUCCAAAAACUACAAAUCUCACAUAUUUCAACGCGUCGCCUAAUUCUUGGACCAUUCACGGAUAUUACGAAUUUCGAAAACGACAAAAGAGUUGUUUUAAGGUUGAACAAGUGGAACGGGCUAGCAAGUUGCUUCGCGCCUUGAAGGCAAGUACUUUCGCCAUGACUAGGCAGGGCACCUUCUAG